UUCGAGCCAUGGAUGAUCGGGGUCUCUUUUCCUACAUCUACUAUGGCCGAAUAACACCAGGCUUCUUCAACUCCCUAUACCUAUUCCCUCACCGUCAUUGCCAUCUAUCUGCUGAGUAUUGAUCCGUCACGCAACCUGCAUUGCAUCUGCAAUCCCGUCACCAACUAUCAUAGUCAAUACAUCCGCCAUGUCGACUCGCCAGCGUCGUCAAGACCCACCCAAAGACACAGGGCCUAGCCAGCCAGAAACGGUCGUAGAAGCAGCCCUGAACCAGCCCUCACGACUUGUCAAAAAGCUCCUCCACUGGGACGACCUGCCACACUGGCAGCGUGACAACCAACACAUCCUCACGGGCUACCGACCAGCGUCGUUCUCAUUCUGGGGGUCGUUUCACUCCCUCACCUACCUCCACAAUGAGUCAGUCAACAUCUACACGCACCUGCUACCCGCACUCCUAGCCAUCCCAGCGGCGUACAGCCUCCACAAGGCCCUCGCCCCGCGGUACGAGACAGCAACACAAGGCGACCUCGUAGCGUUCGGGUGUUUUUUCGCAGGCGCCGCCUUCUGCCUAGGCAUGUCAGCGACAUACCACACGGUAUCCAACCACUCGCCGCAGGUGUCCCGGAUCGGGAACGCAUUCGACUACGUGGGCAUCGUGGGGCUCAUCGUGGGCAGCUUCGUCCCCAGCGUCUACUACGGGUUCUACUGCGAGCCAGGCCUGCAGCGACGGUACUGGACGAUGAUCUGCAGCAUCGGUCUUGGCUGCGCGUGUGUGUCGAUCCUGCCGCGAUUCCGCACGCCGCUGUGGCGGCCCUUCCGCGCGGCCAUGUUCGUCGGCAUGGGUCUCUCGGCCGUGGUGCCCGUCCUCCACGGGAUCGAGGCGUACGGGCUGGAGCGCGAGAUGCGGCAGAUCGGGCUGGGCUGGGUGGUGCUCCAGGGGCUGCUUUACAUCGUGGGGGCGGCGAUAUAUGCGGCGCGCGUUCCGGAGCGGCUGUGUCCGGGUCGCUUCGACCUCUGGGGCAGCUCGCAUCAGAUCUUUCAUGUGCUGGUCGUGUGUGCGGCCGUGGCUCACCUGACGGGGCUGCUGAGGGCGUUUGAUUACAGGCACAGUGGCAUCGCGGAGCGGUGUUCGGGCGCUGGAGUGAGCGGCGGUGGGAGGUGAUUCGUCCGCGGGUGAGCGGAAGAUCACACGAGCGGUGUCCUGAUGUGUGAACGACAGGUUACAGUUGGGUAUAUUAUGUAGCGAGCGAUCGUCCUAUCCAAUGUAAUAGAUUUAUGUGUUGCCAUGGGGCAGGAUAGAGCACCACGACCUCAUGCUGACGACCCGCGAAUGAUACGGGAUGUGUCCGACCUUGGUUUGCUGACGUCUGGGGUGUAUGUAUGACGGGGAGUCU